AUGAAGGAGACGUGCGGUACUUCCAAGCUGCAGGCUCAAAAACACUAUGGAAUUAGCUCCCCGAUUAGUCUGGCUCCUCCUAAGGAUAUAGAUUGCAUUCAUACUCAGAAGCUGAUUGAAGCAAUGAAGCCAUUUGGUGUGUUUGAGGAUGAGGAAGAACUGAAUCACAGGAUGGUUGUUCUUCGUAAACUGAAUAACUUGGCCAAAGAAUGGAUUUCAGAACUUGGUCAGAGCAAGAAUCUUUCCCCUUCAGCAAUAGCAAAUGUUGGUGGCAAAAUAUUUACAUUUGGUUCUUACCGGCUUGGAGUCCACACUAAAGGCGCUGACAUAGAUGCAGUUUGUGUUGCUCCUAGACAUGUGGAAAGAUCGGAUUUUUUUCAGUCAUUCUUUGAAAAACUGAAACAUCAGAAGGAAAUAAAAAAUCUGAGAGCAGUUGAAGAUGCAUAUGUACCAGUUGUCAAAUUUGAGUUUGAUGGAAUUGAGAUUGAUCUUGUCUUUGCAAGACUGGCUAUGGCAACUAUUUCUGACAAUCUUGAUCUUGGAGAUGACUCGCGUCUGAAAAGCCUGGAUAUAAGAUGUAUACGUAGCUUGAAUGGCUGCAGGGUUACUGAUCAAAUACUGCGUUUAGUGCCAAAUCUAGAGAACUUCCGUCUCGCACUCCGUGCAAUUAAACUGUGGGCAAAACGCCGUGGCAUUUACUCAAAUAUGCUGGGAUUUCUUGGUGGAGUUUCCUGGGCGAUGCUGGUAGCAAGGACAUGUCAGCUCUAUCCAAAUGCUUUGGCGUCUACUCUUGUUAACAAGUUCUUCUUGGUUUUUUCAAAAUGGUAA